AUGUUUCGACUCUUCAAUAGUAGUUGCUUCCUUUCAGAUGUUAGAUCAGAAGCUGAAGAAUUUGGUCUUGUCAAGCUACAAGAGAAACUUCUUCGACAGAUUCUCAAAACUAAAGACAUCAAAGUUGGCAGUGUUGCUCAAGGCGUCAAUCUAAUCAAAGCAAGACUUGGGUCAAAGAAGGUUCUAAUUGUUCUUGAUGAUGUGGACCACAAAAAACAAUUAGAAUCCUUAACACGAGAAAGAAGUUGGUUUGGUUCGGGUAGUUUAAUAAUCAUUUCCACCCGAGACGAGCGAUUGCUAUGGCAGCUUAGAGAAAAAGAGAGAUAUGAGGUCAAACUAUUAAAUGACAAUGAAUCUAUGUUACUUUUUAGUUGGCAUGCUUUUGAUAGUCAUUUUCCACCAGAAGAUUAUGUUAAUUUGGCACGAGACAUAAUCAAAUAUUCAGGUAGGCUACCAUUAGCUCUUGUGACAUUGGGGUCACAUUUACAAGGAAGUUCUGUAGAAGAAUGGGGAUAUGAAUUCGAAAAACUAAGAGCAAUUCCUCAUUGUGAUAUCCAAAAGAUUCUCAGGAUAAGCUUUGAUGGACUUGAUGAUGAAACACAAGCAGUUUUUCUUGAUAUUGCGUGUGCCUUCCAGGGGUUACUUGAGCAUAAAAUUACCGAAAUAUUAAAUGCAUGUGGCUUUCAUGCUAAAAGUGCAAUUGCAACUUUAGUCCAAAAGCACUUGCUCCAAAGAUCUUGGCAUGGUUUGGUGAUGCAUGAUCUAGUACGAGAUAUGGGAAGAGAAAUUGUUAGCUUGGAAUCAGCUCGAGACCCUGGAAAAUGGAGUAGAUUGUUCAUCCCUCAAGAAGUUCGUGAUGUUCUACAAGGAAAUGAAGGUUCCGAAAAUGUAGAAGUACUGAAGGUAGAUCCAGGGACAUUAAAGGGAGUAAACUUGAGCACCAAAGCAUUUGAGCAAAUGAAAAACCUUAGGGUUCUUAUAAUGGAUGAGUUACAUAUUAGUGGAGAUUUUGGGUUGUUUUCCAAGAAGCUCAGAUGGUUGUCUUGGAAAAAAUGUCCUUUAAAAUGUAUAUCAUCAAAUUUUCCAGCUGAGAAUCUUGUAGUUCUAGAUAUGCGGGAGAGUGAUAUCCAAGAAUUUCGAUUGAAUUUGCAGUGUUGUAGAAGUUUGAAGAAGCUGGAUCUCUCUUAUUGCAAGCAACUCAGAAGCACUCCAAACUUCAAUGGUUCACUGAGUCUUGAGAUUUUGGAUCUCUGGUUGCUCAAGUCUGACGGAGAUCCAUCCAUCAAUAGGAAAUUUGGACAGACUAAUUAA